AUGGACGCAAAUUCUACAUAUACCGAGGCAAAAGGUCUUACCUAUGCAGAAUUCCCCGCGAAAUUCGUCUGGAAACAGCCUUUACGUGCAUGGACUCCCAGAAAGAAAGGAUUCUCUGUUGGAAGAAUUCAUUACGUAGCCCCCGGAAGUGGUGAAUUAUAUUAUUUGAGAAUCUUACUCAAUAUAAUUAGGGGGCCUUCUUCUUAUAUUGAGUUAAGAACCAUCAAUAAUGUGGUUUAUCCUACGUUUAGAGAUGCUUGCUAUGCAAUUGGUUUGUUAGAUGAUGAUAAGGAGUACAUAGAUGGUAUUGAAGAAGCAAGCCAUUGGGGGUUUGCUAAAUUCCUACGAAAUAUGUUCACAACUCUUCUAUUGUCGAAUCAAAUGGCACGGCCUGAAUAUGUUUGGGAUAAAACAUGGCAUUUUUUGAGUGACGAUAUCCUGCGUACGCAAAGAACUAUACUGCAACGUGAAGAUUUGCAGCUUCAUGAAGAUGAUUUGAAAAAUUUUGCCCUAAUGGAAAUUGAAAAAAAGAUGCGAAGUAGCAAUAAGAGUCUAGCUGAUUUUCCAACAAUGCCGUUCCCAAACAUGUCUCUUCUCCCACAAGUUGAAAAUAGACUUAUCUAUGAUGAACUUAAUUAUGACAGAAGUGCAUUAGCUGCCGAACAUUCAGAGUUAUUGUCAAGUCUCAAUGACGAACAAAGGAUUGUCUAUGAUAAAAUUAUGGUUCGUGUAAAUGAAAGACAUGGUGGUUUAUUCUUCCUUUAUGGUUACGGAGGUACUGGCAAGACCUAUAUUUGGAGAACUCUUUCGGCAGCUUUAAGGUCAAAAGGUGAAAUAGUACUCACAGUCGCAUCGAGUGGGAUAGCAUCUUUACUCAUUCCUGGUGGAAGAACAGCUCACUCAAGGUUUGCCAUUCCUUUUAAUGUUCAUGAAGAAUCUACUUGCAACAUUGCAUGUGACUCCCCUUUGGCGGAGUUGAUAACGAAAGCGAAACUCAUCAUUUGGGAUGAAGCUCCGAUGAUUCACAAGCAUUGUUUUGAAGCCGUACAUCAAUCUUUGAAGGAUAUCCUAAGCCAGUCUGAUCCUGAAAAUGAGAACAAACCAUUUGGUGGCAAAACAGUUGUUUUUGGAGGUGAUUUUAGACAAAUAUUGCCUGUCGUGCCAAAAGGAACAAGACAACAAGUUGUGUCGGCGAGCAUAAAUUCCUCACAUUUGUGGCAGCAUUGUGAAGUGUUAACAUUAACAAAAAAUAUGAGGCUUUCUUCAACAAGUUCUAAUUGCGAGGAACUGAAGAACUUCUCAGAUUGGGUGUUAAGUAUAGGCGAUGGUACUAAUGGUGAUGACAAUGAUGGAGUUAUGGACAUUGAGAUACCUGAUGAUUUGCUCAUACAAUCGUCAGGUAACCAUUUAGCGUCUAUUGCUGAAGAAACUUACCCAAAUUUGCUCGCUAAUAUCAUGGAUUCUGAAUACUUACAACAACGAGCAAUAUUGGCACCUACUAAUGAAAUUGUUGAGAAGGUGAACGAUUACAUGCUGUCUUUGGUUCCGGAAGAGGAAAAGGUUUAUCUUAGUUUCGAUAGUCCAUGUACGGCGAAUGAAAGUGUCGACUCACAUCAUGACAUUCAUACUCCAGAGUUUUUGAAUACUAUUACAUCUUCAGGUCUGCCAAACCAUGAAUUAAAGCUGAAAAUAGGUGUUCCUGUUAUGUUAUUGAGGAAUAUAGACCAGUCCAAUGGGUUGUGUAAUGGUACAAGAUUGACCAUUACUAGGUUGGGAAAUCGCGUUUUAGAAGCAAAAAUAAUAUCAGGCUCUAAUGUUGGACAGAAGGUCUUCAUUCCAAGAUUGUCGUUAACGCCGUCAGACAGUAGGAUUCCGUUUCACUUUCAGAGGAGACAAUUUCCCAUUGUUCUUUCCUUCGCUAUGACAAUAAAUAAAAGCCAAGGUCAAUCCCUCCAAAAUGUUGGUCUAUAUCUUGAAAAGUCUGUUUUCUCUCACGGACAACUAUAUGUAGCUAUUUCGAGGGUUACCAGUCGAAAGGGUUUGAAGAUACUUAUAGUUGACAAAGAAGGAAAUACUUCAAAAAAUACAACAAACGUUGUUUAUAAAGAAGUAUUUCAAAAUUUAAGGAAGAUCAUGCUCAUGCUAAUGUGGCAAAUUUCCGGCUUCCCAUGUGCUCAUGCUACUUGCGUCUUAAACAAAUCGAAUACGGAAGGAUACAAUUAUGUGGACAAUUACUUUCAUGUUUCGUCGUACAUACAAAGUUAUGCUAAAGUUAUUUUUCCAUUUGCUAGGCCUAUUACGGAUCCGCCGUUGGCUGUCAUUGGUCCACCUGAGUUCCAGCCGAAACGUGGUAGACCAAAGACGAAAAGAAUUGCUUCUAGGGGUGAGAACGUAGCGGGGAGGAUGAGGUGUAGUCACUGCAACCAGGUUGGAUCCCACAACAAAAAGACGUGCACACGGGCUAUUCAGUAG